AUGAUAGAGUUUUCUAGCAUAGUUGAUGAUAUUGCUAAGACAACCCUAAUACGUGACCGCUAUCAUAUUGGCUCGAUAGAGGAAUUACGUCUGCUAUGUGGAUUAUCCUCAUUUAGUCUAUUAUUACAUGUUACCAAGAAGUAUCUGAUCGCUCCUGUUAUAGCUGUGGGUGGUAGCAUGCUACCUACAAUGGAUUCGUCACGAAGCUUCUAUCUUUUUGAAACAAUCUCACCUCGAUUUGGUAAAAUUGCUCGCGGUGAUAUUGUAUGUUUACGCUCUCCUACAAACCCUAGAGAGAGCUACGUAAAGCGCGUGAUUGGAUUAGAGGGUGAUAGCAUUACAUAUGUUGCUGAUCGUGGAAACGGUUAUAAGCAUGAAGCAGUUCUGGUUCCAAAGGGUCAUGUUUGGGUAGAGGGUGAUAACAAACUUAAUAGCUACGACUCUAGAAGUUUCGGUCCAAUUCCUUAUGGCCUUCUUAAGAGUAAGAUAUUCUGGAUGGUAUGGCCGUGUAAAGAUUUUGGAUCGUUAAGGAAUAAAUGA